UUUUGAAUUAUGUACAGUUGCAUUGGACAUGCCAUGGGGACAAGGCAACACUGUUCAUUAACGAUAUCAACCAAACCAGGAAAUGUCCAAACACAUGGAGAGCAUCAUGUCACGGUGAGACUAUUAACCAGUUAAAUGUAACUAAAUGUAAUCGAAAAUGUCAUCAACGUAAUCCCCAAAAGUAAUUAUGUAUCAUGAGGGCCAUAAAAAAUAACCAGUAAUGCUGCAUACUCAAAGCAAGGUUAACAUCUCACCUUUCUGGUAAUUUUUUUUAAUAAAUUGCUGAGGUGUAGUCAUUUUUGAGGACACAAGCUCAAGUACACAGUACAAAUAUGAUACACAUAUGAAAAUAUGAAAUAUUUUAUAUGAUGUAUUUCCUAUUCAACAAAACUGUAUGACUAUGGCUUGAAAUGACAUGCUUUCUAAAUAUAGUAUAAUGAAAUUAUAAAAUGUAUAAUAUAAGAUUUCACCUUCCUUAUAACUGUAAAUUACAUAUUUGUAUGUUUAGUGUUAGAGAAAAUGUGCAUAUUUUUAAAAGGUCUCUCUUGAUCAAAAUGUCUGCCCCCAUGGCUGUGAACAUCUCACAGAGAUGUAGCUUGGCUUCCUGAACUCGUUAGGAACUCGCCUUUCAUCUUAUAUAAAUCCUGGCCCUCUAUGACAAACAGAAUGUGUUCUUUUUAUGUAUAAAAAAAAAAAGCUAUGAAUUAUUUUAAAUGAAUGGCUAUAACUCGAUCUCUGAAUGUGCUACCAUGAUGAAACCACUCUCUCCUGCUUCGCUAUGAUGUAACGAUUGCAGGCAUGUGCAUUGUCAGUGGCUGUGACAUAGGGUUCAGGAGUUGAUGGACAGUCGGUAGAGCGAAUUAAAUGGUUUCAGUUUUCACAUCCUACAUCACACAGGCUCAGAAAAAAAGACUACUGUGUCUGUGGGAACCAGGGCUUUCGCUCAAUGCAAGCCAUUUCGAUCUACGGUGUACACAGAUCGAUUUAUAAGCGAAAAUGUCGGUCAGAACCGGUACCAGAACCACGCGGGUCACAUAAACAGGGGACCUUACAUCUAAGAGGUUUAAUAACUGGGGCAGAAAGGAGAGUGUUGUUGGGCUACUUUACAAAGACAACAGAGGGCAGUGUUGACAAAUAAUCCAAGGUAUUCAUUCAAUAAAGGCUGUUCAAUAAAAGGAUAAAGUUGGUGGAUAGGCACUCUGUAAAUCUACAACUUCGUAAUUUUAUAUACUGAUUAUCCUGAUUCAAUAGUAAAGCUCCUAACUGAAGCCCACUUUUGUUACAGAUCAGAGUUAACAAGGGAGCUCUUGGGCCGGUACAUCUCAGACACCCUCAGCCACAUUCACACAGUGAGGGAGUUCUGCGACAGGCAUUCCAAAUGGGCCCUUCAGAGGGAGACAGAACUGGAAAUGAUGAGGGACAUCAAGGAGAGGGCAGACAGAAUCGACCUUAAGUUCGACCAUGUCCGUAACUCAGCGACCAAGGCCAAGGCGUUUGGGGAGUUCUUAUGGAGCGUACUGACCCAGGUGACUGCAGACAGUAGGCGUGAGGAGCUGGAGAAGGAGCUGGGUGCUGUACUAAAGGACACUCUGGGAGGCCUGGAGAAGCUGGAUUACUUCCUGGAUGCUAUGGAGUGUCUGGCAGUCACCUGUCUGUUCGUGUUUGAGGAGAACAGGUUCCUCUGUCUGCCUCUGGGGACGAGUACUGCCAGUGUUCAGGCUGUCAUCAUUGCUGCCAGAAUAGCCUGCCCUCUCCUCAUCCACUUUAAGAGGGAUGCUAAGGUCUUCUUUAUGCCCAGCCUGCUCAAUGUAGAGGUGCUGGCCUUCCAGCUGGAUAGAUACAUACAAAUCAGCCAGCAGCUCUGUAAGAGGAUGGAGAAAGGGUAAGUGGAGAUCCCAUCACAAAUGCUUCAACAUUAACUUAUGUAAUGUUCUUCAUUGCCAUUUUACAAACACUUGAUGUCAAUUUUUUUUUACUGUUAGAUUACAGAUCAGACCACAGCUUUAGAGUAAACUUGGGUAAGAUCCCUCACACAGUUUUAAUAUCAGCAUUUAUUUUAUAUUAGCAUAAUUGUACUAUUUUUGUCCUUUCUUCUCAGAAAUGUAAUUUGACAAGGUUCUUGGGCUUUUGUGAUAUAAUUCAAAAGCCACAUAAUAAUCUAAUGAAUAUAAUGUAAUGUUGAAAUUAAUAUUCAUUGUUACAGUAGCUACAUCAGUCAAAUGCUGUUUUGGAAAAAGAAGAAUGACAUCCCUGUGGUCAACCUUGGUGAUGUGAGGGAAGAGUCCAUACAAAAUAUGCUGGAUCAUUUGAAUCAGCUGAGUGAGAUCAGGUGAGAUUAGUUUGGUUGUUCUCUUUAAACUUCUGUUGAUAUUUUUAUUUGAUUGGUAUACAGUAAAUAGAUGUUGAAUCUGUGUCCCCUCUGUCAGGAUGGACCAGCACCUCAGAUUGACGUUCCUGUUCCAAGAGGCUGCUCAGUGCUUCAUUGGCCGGUUCAGCCAGCGCCGACCCAGGAUGGAGCAGUUUCUGACCAAGCUGGAGGAGAGUGCUGUGCAGCUGGACAGGAUGAAGCUGGGGGCUAAGAUCUCCAGUGUGGCAGGCAGCUCAGUGGGGGUGGCUGGAGGGAUCCUAUCCAUUGUGGGCUUAGCUCUGACCCCUGUCACUGCUGGGGUGUCACUGGCUCUCACCAUUGCAGGGGUCAGCCUGGGGGUCACCAUUGGGGUCAACAGUUUAACCACUGGCAUCACAGAGAUGAACGUCAAUGGCAUCCAUGAGAAGAAAGCCAGUGAAUUCUUCCAGAGUUUCAUGGAGGACGUGGAGAGUCUCCAGGAGUGUCUGGAGGAUGUGGCCAGUAAUAAGAAGCCCAUCUUGGGGCAGAGAGGGGUGGACGACGUGCUAGAAGCAGGGAAGGUGAUUGCCAGAGCUGGGGCCAUCGUAAAAGGCAUCGACUCCAUAGUGGACUGUGCCUCGGCUCUGAGUGUGAAGGCCCUUGCAAAGGAAGAUCUGAUCGCAAGCGCUGGUAAGUUGGCGCUCCAGGAAGGCAAAGCAGCACGAAACCUGCCCAAGCUAGCAGGGGACAUCCCGGACAUUGGACAGGUGGCCAAAGGCACCCCACUCGCCCUCUCCAGCUCAGCGCGGGCUGGUUUCAUCACCCUCAACGCCCUCUUCAUUGGCCUGGAUGUUUUCUUCAUCUGUAAAGACAGUGUGAGCCUGGCCAAAGGCAGCAAGAGUGAGAUCUCCCAGCUCAUCCGUGCCAGAGUGGCAUUGUGGCGCACAGAGCUGGACUCCUGGCAGAGGAUUCAUGACUCGCUUUGUAGAGGAAUUUGGAAGUUCAGGAAGUGCCAGAGAAUCCUGGAGCAGCCUUUUUACCCUCCUGGAGGAGAAUCUGAAAGAGAGAAAAAAUUGAUGUGUAUGACACAGUAGGACAACAUCAAUGACUUACCAGUUUGAAGUUAGGGCCUCUCAAACAUACUGAACAGUUGCACAUACUGUACAUUGCCUAUCUGUCAGUAAUUUUGAUUAUGCAUUUCACUUGAUUCUCCUUUAUUUUUUCAUAAUUGAAUGAAAUAAAUAAAAAUGAAGGCAAUUUAAUGAAAUGUAUCCAGCUUAGCACUUAUUCAGAGUAGUCUGUUUAAUGUCAUGGCCUUUUUCCAAGGAUGUGUUCAGUCAAAAUACUAAAAGUGAAAUGUAAUAAUGU